AUGCAAUCCGCAGGAAAGUCCACUCGGGAAAAACAACGUGAAACUUCAUAUUUAAAAUAUUCCGAAGAAAUCAUGUGUUGGAGAAAGUCUUAUUUAUGGACGAUUAAGAAACUCCAGGAGGAAGGAAAAUCUAUUUUUUAUUUGGACGAGACUUGGGUUAAUGAGGGGCACACAGGAUUGAGAGCUCCAUCAGGGAAAGGCAGACGAUUAAUAGUAACACAUAUUGGCAGUGACAGAGGUUUUGUGAUGGUGGCCUACUGUUAUUUGAAUGAAAAAAGCGGUGACUAUCACGAGGAUAUGAAUGCAGAUGUGUUCGAGGAACACAUUAUACAAUUGCUAGAUCUUAUUCCAGCCGGAUCUGUAAUUGUUCUUGACAACGCCAGUUACCACUCGAGACAAGUUGAAAAUCUAUCUACGACGUCAUGGAGAAAACAAGACAUUAUUAACUGGUUAAUACAAAAAAAUAUUACAUUCAACAAUGUUGAAAAACGAACUGUUGUCAAUUGUCAAAGUAAAUUAAAAUUCCCAGAAGAAAUAUAA